GAUGAAAUUCCGUUUUCAGAGAUUUUUCUCAGCAACAAAAACGCUGAAGAUGGGCUGCAGGAAACUGUUGCUAAAGGAUGUCUUAUGCGGAACAUUUGUUACAUGUUGUUAGCUGUUUGUUUUAAAUAAGCAACAAGCGAUCAGACGCGGAUACAUCACCACUGCGCCAAAAAGGACAGUUCCAUUUGCUGAAAGAAAAAAAAAAAUAGAGUCAACCGUGCACAUCUGGAGUGAUGUCAUAUUUAUAAUAUACCUAUCAACGAAAAAUCUAGUUUACAGGAGUGAUUUCUGUUCAUUCGCAUAUGCACAGUGGACUGCCUGACGCAUCUGGAACAAACUAAGUCCGGAUGUUACCGUUGGGCAUUAAUUAGUGAUUGGGUCGACACCCCUAUAUAAAGGAGACGCGCCCACUGCUCUGCUCUGUCUCCACACAAGCGAAGAUGAGCUACGGAUCUGAAGUCUUUUCCUCCUCCUCCUACCGGAGGAUUUUCGGGGAUUCUCCCCGUUAUGCAUCCUCUCCAUCGCGCACGGUGAUGAACGUGGCCUCUCGCGGAGGGUACCGGUCCUCCUCCCUAUCCCGAAGCAACGUUUCGUCCCUGGGCUCUUUCAGCAGAAAGUCUGGCCGCUCCUUCUCUCCUAUGCCAGUGGAGUCCUUCGACCUGACACAGAGUAGCGUCCUCAACAAUGAGUUUAAAAUCAUCCGCACUAAUGAAAAGGAACAAAUGCAAGGUCUUAAUGACCGCUUUGCAAUGUUCAUCGAGAAAGUGCGCAACUUGGAGCAGCACAACAAAGUGCUGGAAACAGAGUUGACUGCUCUGCGACAGCGUCAUACCGAGCCGUCCAGGCUGGCAGAGCUCUAUCAGCAAGAGAUCCGCGAACUGCGCUCCCAGCUCGAUGAACUGAACGGGGAGAAGUCCCAGCUGAUGAUCGAGAGGGAUAAUAUUGAGGACGACCUGCAGAAGCUCAGGGGGAAAUAUGAAGAGGAGUUCCGCGCCCGAGAGGAGGCGGAGGCCACCCUCAAGGCUUUCAAAAAAGAUGUGGAUGAUGCUACCAUGGUGCGCCUGGACUUAGAGAAGAAAGUGGAAUCCCUCCUGGACGAGAUCAACUUCCUCAGGAAGGUGCAUGAGGAGGAGGUGGCCGAACUGACCGAUAUGAUCCAGGCUGCACAGGUGUCUGUUGAAAUGGAGGUGUCCAAGCCGGAUCUCACCUCCGCCCUCAAAGAGAUUCGCAGCCAGUACGAGUCCAUGGCUUCAAAGAACCUGCAGUCCGCCGAGGAGUGGUACAAGAGCAAGUUUGCAGAUCUUUCCGAGCAGGCUAACCGUAGUAACGAGGCCAUCCGCGCCGGCAGGGAGGAAGUGAACGAGUUCAGGAGGCAGCUGCAGUCCAAGACUAUCGAGAUCGAGAGUCUGAGAGGAACCAACGAAUCUCUGGAAAAGCAGCUUCGGGAGAUGGAGGACAGACACAAUAUGGAGAUUGGAAACUAUCAGGAAAGCAUGGCAGAGCUGGAGAAUGAGCUGAGGACCACAAAGAGCGAGAUGGCUCGUCACUUGAGGGAGUAUCAGGAUCUGCUUAAUGUCAAGAUGGCACUGGACAUAGAAAUUGCAGCAUACAGGAAACUACUGGAGGGAGAGGAGACCCGCAUCGGGACAGGCAUCACCUAUCCCAGUCCCUCCAUAAGUGCUGGACCUGGGCAGGGCUACAGCUACCAGACCCGCAUUUACACAAGCUCUGGCAAGAGCUCCAAGAAGGAGGGAAAGGAUGACGAGCAGCUGGAGAGCAAAUCCGGUGGGAAGAUGUCCCAGCGUGAAGUUUAUGAGGAGACAGUAGUCACCACCAAGAAGAUGGAGAAGCAGCAAGACGACAUUCCCACCAAUCAGAAAAACUAAGAGCUUAAGCCUGGUGUUGACCCCUAAAUCUUCCCUUUGCCUUGCAAACCCAUACCUCUUCAUCCCCCAUCCCAAAAGCAUAGUAAGAUUGUCUUUCAUAUCUGAGCUAGUGUGUGUUGGAUGUGAUUAGAGUGCAGGAUCUACAGGUUUGUUUUAUGUUGGUGUCCUUGUCCCCUUUGACCCCCACAGGUGUUCCCCCCAUCAAGGGAAAUCCAUUAUACCGCUAUUAUAACCGACACACCAUGCAAAAGUCCAGUACAUCUGUUCUCUCUUGUUCUCUCUUGUUCUCAGCUUCAAACAAUAUCAAGCACUUAGGUAGCAUCUCUUACAGGAGUAUGGUCUUUCACAGUACAUUAUUCUACUGGUCUUUCUCACUAAUCAAUAUGUACGGACACACAGUAGAUAAUAAUAACAACUCCGGUUGUGCAUUUCUUCCACAAACUGUGAAUUAUUCUCAACACAUUCCACACUAUGCCAAAAAGAUCUAAAACACAUCAGCUGGUAUGGGUCUCUACCCACAAUAGGAAUAUAAUGAUUUCUCUUUAGUAAGUAAGCACACGGUCUACAUAAGAAACCAGCUAACAAUAAUAACAAUAAUUAAUAAGAUGAACAAUAUUAAAUGAUAAUGUCUUACUGAGCCAACAUUUUGAGCCUUUUUAGUGCAAAGAAUAUCCUGCUUAAAUCAAAUGUUUGCACAGACAGUUCUGUUUUCAUUGCAAGGGAUUUGAGCACAACCCAAACGGCUGAAGGAGUGGAGCACCGACCCUUUUCGAAUUCCUGGAAAAGUUUCACUAACAACAAUAUAUUAAUGUAGCUCUUUGAGUAAGAUCAAGACUUAGGACAAAGACAAAAAUAUAUUAUUCAGGCAUAAUUUGCAUGGUGUACGAAGAUGUCAUGCUUGCAUGGAAUUCAUCAGCAAAUUACUCAUUCAACACAUUUUUGUUGUAUGAAGUUAAAACUGCCGACUAUGUCGAGCAUCAUCAUGCACAACACCUUUUAAUGACUGCAUUAGACAUGUGUUUGUUAGGCCUUUAGGUUAGAUUUGAGACCUUAGAGAAUGGAGCAAACAUAAUAAAAGAGUCUUUUAUAAAGUCAGUUGAAGACUGAAUUAUAAAUUAUGCUGUAGCACAAAUGCACGAGUUUCACAAUGAUCCAGCGAUUGAGGUGUGAUCAAUUUUACACAUCAGCUGCAUAACAACAUUUCCCAUGAAGCACAACCCAAGAAUUAAUACCAUAUCAGUCACCCUGAAGAAAACAGUGUUGACAAAACUCUAAUGAUUUAGUUGAAGCGUGCCAUGCCAUGAUGUGUUUAGAACGUCUCAACUUUUUUUUUUUAACUGUGGCCAUGACUGGAUAAAAUGUCUGUUGUAGUGUGACCUCACCACUAGAAAUCCUUCAGUAGCUUAAGAGACUUGCAGCUUGUUUUCUCUGCUCGUGCACUGCCAACUCUAACACAGCUAUCUUUAUUCUCUUGCUGCUGGUCAUGGUGAAUAAUGCCCUGACAAACUGCACUAACACUAAGAAUGGUAACAAAACCUACUGAUAGUACUGUACUAAGUGUGUUUGUGUCUCUACACAGUGGCCUAUCAUAACUGGAAUUAUGUGUUGAGUGAGAACAGCAAGUCUGCAAGCCGGGCAUUUUGAUUUUUUUUCAUAGAAUAAUGAAUUGUACGAAUUAUAGCGUCAAACAGAAGAAGUUAUAAACACACUGAAUGAGUUGCUAGUGGUUGCAAAUGUCAAGCCUUUAUCCUUACACUGUAAACCAAAAGAGCUUUCAUGGAUGUCUAAAGAAAAAUAUCGCGUCCGCAGCACUGCCAAACUUUUCUAAAUGCACAUGCUCUGGAAAAUGAUGAUCAGUAUAUCACCAAUUCAAAACCAACAAUCAAUAUUUAGCCAUACUGUAAAAGAAAUACUGUAGGAUGUAAAAUGCCUUAAAACACCAGCAGCUUUUGACCAUGUGUUUGAUGCAUACGACUCUGUUCAGUGGGGUGUUUAACCGUUAUAUUCUCUUUCGUAGUGUUUAUCAUAGCUGCAGUGACAACAAAAGCAUAUGGAUUGAAUGUAGUUGACAUGCUUUACUCUUUACUAUUAUUAUUAUUGUAUUGCUGUAUGACACCAUAUCAAUAAAACCUUGAAAUAA